UUUUCCCCCUUCUUCUUUCUUUCUUCACUUGUUAUCCAAGAGAGCUUUUGUUGAUGUUGCUUUCCCCUUAAUUAUAUGCAUGUAGGUUAAAUGAAUACCUGACGAAAAGGGCCCACGUUUCAAGGCAGUGAAAUCUGAUAGCUGAGAGGAAAAGUGGCUUUAAUGAAAAGCAACCUUUGGAAUUCCUGCUUGUGAAAAUUCCGAUUCAGCUUUUUUUUUUUGUUAUUGCAGCAAGAAAUGAUCAGUAGCACCAGUGUUUAUGGCUUAAAGAUGCAGUGGACCCCAGAGCAUGCACAGUGGGCAGAACAGCACUUUGACAUCACCUCAACCACCCGCUCUCCAGCACACAAAGCAGAGGCAUACAGGGGCCACUUACAACGUACCUAUCAAUAUGCCUGGGCCAAUGAUGAUAUUUCUGCACUGACUGCCUCAAACCUGUUGAAAAAAUAUGCAGAGAAGUACUCUGGAAUUUUAGAAGGUCCAAGCGAAAGGGCGCUCCUAAGUUCCUACUCUGAUGCCCCAGGUCUUUUGAAUGGAAGGAAGACUGAAAGUGAAGGCUGGCAGCCUUCUGAAGGCGUUUAUCCUAUGAACUGCGUUCCAGACGUUAUUUCUGCAAGCAAAGCUGGAGUGACAACUACCCUACCUCCAGCAGAUGUCUCUGCCAGCAUUGGCAGCUCUCCUGGGGUGGCCAGCAAUUUGACGGAGCCCAGCUAUUCCAACAGCAAUUGUGGAAGUCACACGGUAGCCAGUCUUCACUCGGGACUCCCGUCUCAGGAAUACGCCACAGGUUACAAUGGUUCUUACCUGCAUUCAAGUUACAGUGGCCAGUCAGCCCCUGCCCUUCCUUCACCUCAUCCAUCUCCUUUGCACAGCUCUGGGCUUUUGCAGCCACCCCCCCCACCCCCUCCCCCUACUUUAGUGCCAGGCUACAAUUCUGGGUCUCCCAACCUCUCAAGCUACAAUUACCCCUCAGCUGGUUACCCUCCGCAGACUGCUGUUGCCCCUGGAUAUAGCCCUGGGGGGGCACCUCCUCCUUCGGCUUAUUUGCCAUCGGGUAUCCCUGCCCCCACACCCCUCCCUCCUUCUACUGUACCGGGCUACAGCUAUCAAUCCCAUAACCUUGCACCACUUGCACCCACACCUCUGAACAGCAGUUCAGCCAAUUCUCUAAAAAGAAAAGCUUUCUAUAUGACCGGGCAAGGAGAAAUGGACUCCAGUUAUGGAAAUUUUAACUACAGCCAACAGCGCUCGACUCAAAGCCCUAUGUAUAGAAUGCCAGACAACAGCAUUUCAAACACAAGCAGAGGGAAUGGCUUUGACAGAAAUGCUGAGACGUCAUCUUUAGCAUUUAAGCCCACAAAACAGCUGAUGUCCUCAGAUCAGCAAAGAAAAUUUAGCAGUCAGUCUAGCAGGGCUCUAACCCCUCCAUCCUAUAGUUCUGCAAAAAGCUCCUUGGGAGGCUCACGAUCAAGUGAAUCAUUUGGGAAAUUCACUUCUCCUGUAAUGAGUGAGCAUAGCGAUGAGCACAGACAGCAUCUUUCCCACCCAAUGCCAGGAUCGGGAAUUAGUACAGCUACCUCAUCCACCCGUCCUGCAGAAGAACAGCUGAAGAACACCGACCCACACCUCGUUGAACUUGUGACCAAUGAGAUCAUCAACCAGGGACCUCCAGUGGACUGGAAUGACAUUGCUGGUCUUGAACUGGCCAAAGCUACAAUAAAAGAGGAGGUUUUAUGGCCUAUGCUGAGGCCAGAUGUUUUCAGUGGACUCACUGCAUUACCUCGCAGCAUUCUAUUAUUUGGACCUCAGGGAACAGGCAGAAUGUUAUUGGGUAGAUGCAUAGCCAGUCAGCUGGGGGCUGCUUUUUUUCGGAUCAGCGGCUCUGCCCUAGUCACAAAGUGGCUAGGAGAAGGAGAGAAGAUUGUUCACGCCUCUUUUCUUGUAGCACGAUGUCGUCAGCCUUCUGUCAUUUUCAUCAGUGAGAUUGACAUGCUACUUUCAUCGCAGUUGAGUGAGGAAAGCCCAGUAAACAGAAUUAAAACGGAGCUUCUCAUGCAGCUGGACAGUGUUCUAACUUCUGCCGAGGACCAAAUUGUGGUCAUCUGUUCCACAAGUAAACCUGAGGAAAUAGAUGAAUCUGUGAGAAGAUACUUCAUGAAACGACUUCUUAUCCCAUUACCGGACAGCACAGCAAGGCACCAGAUAAUCAUUCAGCUGCUCUCACAGCACAACUAUUGCCUCAACGACAAAGAGGUUGCACUGCUGGUUCAGCGAACAGAGGGCUUCUCUGGACUUGACGUUGCUCGGUUAUGUCAAGAAGCAGUGGUUGGGCCUCUCCAUGCCAUGCAGGGCACUGACCUUUCAGCCAUUAUGCCUAGCCAGUUGAGGCCAGUCACUUACCAAGACUUUGAAAAUGUUUUUUGCAAAAUUCAGCCUAGUAUAUCACAGAAAGAACUUGACACGUACACUGAAUGGAACAAAAUGUUUGGUUGUAGCCAAUGAAACAAAAUCAAGAAAACCCUGGAGAACAAACCUGUUGAAGAGGGAUUUAAAAAAAAAAACUCUCUUGCAGUAGUGAUACACCUGGAAGAAAGGAAGUACAGACAACAGUGACCUUAGCAUCUUAAAGCAUUAGAAUAGACUUGAAGGUGGUGUACUUUAAACAAGAGCUGGUAACCUACAAGAAACAAAUUCAGAUGGCUUAUUUUGAUGCUACAUACUGCUGAAGCCAGGCAUCACUUACGAAGGUGCAAGUGGGUUGACUUCAAGAGGACACAAACCCUGUGUGUUUAUAUCAUUCUGCUGUUCUUGAGAUUUAGUUGCUAUCAAGUGCCUGAAGUGGUGCUUUAUUUUUUUGUUUGCCUCACAAUCUACAUUGGUGGCAUGUGCUAAUAUAAAGAGCUUUAACUUCAAACAUUAUGGGACUAAAAAAGAGAGAUAAGCUGUUGUAAUAGGAGACAGUCAAUUUUUGCCAUUAUGAGAGCAACAGUAUUCCUCAAUCAUAUCUGUUCUGCAGUAUCACCUGGGAACAGACAAAUUUAGGGUAUUGGUAAAUUGGACCUUAAUUUCUAUAGUUGAUUUCUUUUGAUGUUCUGUCUGCAAAAACUCAGGAAAGUGAUUGUGACAUGUACAGUACCUCAAAAGAAUGUGUUGAAAGCACUAUGUACUGUGUACUGUGUACUGCUGAGAGUUCUAGGCUAGGCUUCUAUUUUACUUUAUCUAAAUGUAUGUUUACCUCAACAGCUGAAAAAAAAAAUGGCAAGGAGAUGACUAUGAAUGUAUCCAGAUGUGUUCUGGAGUGAUGGGACAGAAUCAAUAAUAUGAGAUUUGCAAGUGUUAAGUGAAGAAUUUAUUAAAAUAAUUUUUGAGAUGGGAAGAAUAGAAGCCCACAUUUUUAUUUAACUUCAUAUUAUGUAACUGUGCAUAACUUGUUUGAUGACUGACUGCCUUCAUCCACAGUACAUGGGGAAGUGCAUAUUUGAAAGAGUAAAGUAUAGGGGAGAAAAAUGAAGUACUACAACCAAACGUAAAACAUGAAAAAAUAACAGAUUUACUGUGUUAGCACAUGUUUUAAUAUCAGAAGCUACUAGUGUAGCCCCUAGGUCAAUUUGUUACACAUGCGCAGUGAGAGGAUUUGAGGUCAGACAUCUGCAAAACUGAGAGACGCGUUCAGCAGCAAGUUGAUACCUACCGAAAAUGUAUCUUGUGGGUAAAAAGGAUAAAAAGUUCUCCAAAAAUAGAAAAAGUGCAGUUUUAAGGUAUGUGAUCCCAUUCUGCUGCUGUCGCUCAUCAUAUGUGUAAUGAUGCCUAAGGAUGAUGUAUGCCCUGCUUUCUGUUCUACCUCAGUUUAUUACAGUUCUCUCUGAAAGCAGAAUAUUUGAGGAUUGCUAGAUGUCAGAAGCUCUUUGGUAUGCUAACUUGCAGAUCCCUUCUUUUUAGCUGCAUUUUAACAAUAAGAGAGUCAUGGCACACUUUUACUCUCAUUUAUUGCCACUUACAUAUAUAUAUUUCACAGGCACACAUUUGGCUAAUCUUCCUUCAAGAAAGACUAUUAGCUGGCAUGUGUGGCAUUUUCCUCACUUCUUUCAUAGAGCCUUUCUUUUUAUCUUUUAAUGCUUUACAUGCAGCUCUUUUCAUUACCAUUGAUGGACGUUUGGUAAUGUCGCUGAACAGAAAUAUUGCAGGCCAUAGAAGUCACACAGUCAGCAACUGCAUGAGAACUAAAGCCUUGCUUUUGAAUGUAUUUUUGUUUUAUUUUUUGUUGAAACAGUAUGAAAACUGUUGCUAAGCACUAGUAUUGUGGUAUGGUAGUGCCACAAAAUACUGAAAGAACAGUAUAUAAUAGGUGCACUGAGAGAGUUUUUUUUUCCAGACUUAAAGUUAGGUCUUUUCCUUAAUGUUUUCAUUGCCUUCAUUUUGAUCACUCAGUUAAUAGAGAUGUCGUGGUGUCACAAAAUAAACAUGUAACAUCAUUCUGAUUAAAAAAAAUAUGACCAGCUACGUAAUGUUGACAUAUAGAAAAUAUUUGGUAUUAAAAUGGGAAAUGGACAGCUUUAGGCUAAUUUAAGGUAAACUUUUUUUUACCUUUUGUUUCCAAAACCAGUUACUGUGACAUCUCUGUUACCUUAAUGUCCUGUCUCCAAUAACUGUUGUUGCAAUGUGCUGACCCAUAUGCUGGUAUUCAGUUAGCCUUUAAGCUUCAUUGAAUUCAUUUGAGACUGAUGUGCUUUAUAAUCAGAACAUAUUGCUAAAUUCAUAUGAGAGACAAAGUACGAGACAUGAUGGUAUUUUAGACCCUUUAACAUUAUAACAGUCUUGACACAAAAAUGGACACCAUGAGUGCAUUGAAUAUUUUGUUUGUUUUCUUACUCUUUCAUGAAAAGGCUAUUAAAACAUUAACUUCAUCACCUUGCUUAGAAAAUACCCUGCAGUUAGUUGUCAGCUAAUGAACAAUUAACUAAAUGCAACAUAAAAUCUGCGGUUUAUCUGAUAUUAAUUUC